AGUACUCGAUUCGGAUCUAAGAUUAGAAACAUGGCGUUCCUGUUCAUCCUCCUCGCGCUGCCAGCGCUGGCUUUGGCCAGAAUCGACAUCGAGGUCGCCGGCAAGUUCGACCCUAACAACCAGAAUAUGCAGGUCUACUACUCCGGCAAUGAAGUCGCCAUCAUCAGCGACGAAGAGCGCAACACUUUCAAGAUCGGCGACUCCGCGCUGAAAGACGCCGUCCGAUCCUACUUCGGGCAGCGCCCAGACGACGCCUACCUCCGCUCCCCCACCCCCUGGGGAGAUCUCUACCAGACCUACGGCUGGUCCCAAGUCACCAGAACCCUGGUCCCCCGCAGCGCUAAGGUCCUGACCAUCUCCUCCCAACCCCAGAUCGUCAUGAGGCAGCUCUUCGAAAACAACAGCACUAAGCCUGCCACCUUCAACGUAGGCAUCUCCCAGACCGUUCAGAACACUGUCUCGUCAUCCUGGAGCACGGGUGGCCAGCUGACGAUCGGCCAGGAGAUCAGCUACGGCAUCAACAUCGAAGGCAUCGUCGGAGGAGGCGCCGUAUCCUACUCAUACACCAAUUCAUGGGGCAGGAACACCGAGAAAUCCCAGAGCGUGACCAUUGGGGCAUCAUCAGGCAUGGAAGUCCUUCUCCAGCCAGGCCAAGGCGUCGUCGCUGAGCUCGAGGCGACCAGAGGCUCAAUGAAGGUCGAGGUUGAAUACUUGGCCAGUUUGGAUGGAGCUAACGCCGUGAACUACGCCAAGACCUACAAAGGCCACCACUUCUGGGCGCUGGAUGUUCGUGGAGUGAUGUCCAGCGGCGGAAUCAGCAACGCAGUGGUCUCCCGCGAGGUCCUGGAGAUUGGAUUCUACUCCAACUCCAAGGUCGUGGUCCACGACAGAGCUCUCGGCACCAAGUUCUUGGAAAUGUCUUUCUGA